CACUGGCAAGGACUUCGUCAUUCUCGCCGCUUCAAAAGCUACCAUGCGAGGUCCUACCAUUAUCAAAGCCGAAGACGAUAAGACAAAACAGUUGAACAAACACAACCUGAUGGCCUUCUCCGGAGAGGCGGGAGACACUGUUCAAUUUGCCGAAUACAUUCAAGCAAACAUCCAGCUAUACACCAUGAGGAACGAUACCGAACUAGGUCCGAACGCGGUUGCCAGUUUCGUCCGCGGCGAGUUGGCUCGAAGCUUGAGAUCCCGGAACCCCUACACAGUCAACCUUCUGCUGGGCGGAAUUGACCCAAUCACUCAGAAGCCUCAUCUUUACUGGAUAGACUACCUGGCUUCUGUGGCUUCCGUACCCUACGCUGCUCAUGGCUAUGCCCAAUACUACUGCUUAUCCACCCUCGACAAACACCACCACCCCGACAUCUCUCUCGAUGAGGGGCUGAAGCUAUUGGAAAUGUGCACGGACGAGCUGAAGCGCAGACUACCGAUCGACUACAAGGGGGUCCUCGUCAAGGUGAUAACCAAGGAUGGUGUGCGGGAGCAAGAUUUUGAUAAUAACAGAAUCUCAAUCAUGUCGAAAAGACAAGCGGAACUGUCGCUAGAAGAGGAAGAACUCUCUAUGAGCUCUUCUGCCUCGAAGAAGGCCCGUGUCGAAGAUGGUGACCUGCCAGAAGACGAAGCGCGCAGCGAAGCUCUGCCGCUUCGCCGCGCCAAUGGUCAGGACAUACUCGCGGCUGCAGAGCAGGAAGGCGAGGAACUCGAGGAAGCAGCACAAGAUCAAGGAGCGGAGUCCUCUGAUGCUAAUAUCGAUGACGACGACGACAAGCCGGCGAUCGCAGCCCCGAAACGUCAAAGCGCGCCACUGGAGGGAUACAGCGACCUCUACCUCGACACCAUCAACCGCGAAAUCCUCGACUUCGAUUUCGAAAAACAAUGCUCCGUGAGCUUGUCUAAUAUCAAUGUAUACGCCUGCCUAGUUUGCGGCAAGUACUUCCAGGGCAGAGGUCCCAAAUCGCAUGCGUACUUCCAUGCGCUUGAGGUUGGACACCAUGUCUUCAUCAACAUGGGAACCAAGAAGGUCUACGUUCUACCUGAAGGAUAUGAGGUUCAGAAUAAGAGCUUGGACGAUAUCAAAUACGUGGUGGACCCGCACUAUAACAAGGAAGAGGUGGCCAAAUUGGACAAAGAGGUUCAUGAUGCGUUCGACCUCGCAGGCAAUCGCUACAGACCGGGAUUUGUCGGCAUGAACAACAUCAAAGCCAACGACUACCUCAAUGUCGUGGUCCAACUCCUCGCCCAUGUUUUCCCUAUCCGCAACUAUUUCUUGUUGCAUGACUUCUCCCAGCCCGGCACGCCCCAACUAGCCGUUCGGUUUAGCACACUGGUCCGCAAGCUAUGGAAUCAUAAGGCUUUCCGGUCCCAUGUCUCGCCGCACGAGCUUCUACAGGAGAUCGCUUUGCGUUCCUCGAAACGAUUCACUCUCACCCAACAAUCCGACCCCGUGGAGUUCCUCUCCUGGUUUCUGAACAACCUCCACCUUUCACUCGGAGGCGCCAAGAAGCCUUCCAAGACGCCAACAAGUGUCGUCCAAGCUGCCUUUCAAGGCCACCUCCGAAUCGAAAGCCAGGCCAUCACCGCCCACUCCGAUACCCAAAACGCGCGCCUGGUCUUCACUGAAUCUGGCACCAUCAACAGCCAAACCACCCCCUACCUCAUUCUCACCCUCGACCUACCCCCGACGCCCCUCUUCCAGUCCUCCAACCGGGAAUCCAUCAUCCCCCAGGUGCCUCUGACCACCCUCCUGAACAAGUACAACGGCAUCACCGCCUCCGAGAAGCUGGCGCAGAGAGUCCGCCACCGGCUCCUCCACCCCUUACCUCCCUACCUCCUCUUCCACAUCAAACGCUUCAGCAAGAACCGCUUCGUAUCCGAGCGUAAUCCAACCAUUGUCACGUUCCCCUCGCCCCGCUCCUUGGACAUGUCGCCCUAUGUCGAGCCGAACCCCGACAUCUGGCCGCACAGCGAGCCGAUCCUAUACGACCUCGUCGCCAACAUCAUCCUCGACCCGACGGUCGCCGCACCCGGCGCCCACGAAGAAGCCGCCGCGGACAAGGGCGUCAACGCAGCAGGCGGUAGCAGUGGUGGGAGUGGGUCAUCCUCGUCGAGCGGCGCUGGUGCGGGGAGCGAGAAGGUCUCCUGGCUCGUACAACUACAUGAUAAGGCCAUGGCUGCGGAAAAUAGCCGCGUGCAGAAAGAACAUGCGGGCGAGCAGCGGGGGCCCGAGUGGCUAGAGAUCCAGGACCUGUUCGUCAAGAAGGCCGAAAGCGAGACCCUGUUCACAAAGGAGGGUUAUCUUAUGGUAUGGGAGCGUCGUAAAGUCCCCGGGAAGGCCAAUCGUAAGGGCAAAGCUGCGGCCAAGUAAUCGCGAGAAGAAGAUGCCCUUUUGACGUUGGCUAUUUAUACCUGCGCUCGUAGGUCAGGACUCCGGUUCAGCGCACAUACCAAUUGAAUCACUGUAUAAUU